AUGCCUGUACCACAAUGGUAUUGGAAAGUCAGUGCAUGGACAGUUGCAGAUGGCGAAGCUGAAUGGCUUUUAUUUUCUGAUGUUGAACAAGAGCUUAUAGAACAAGCUUAUGUUGGAGGUGAAAAACAAGUUGAACUUGACCACUAUAUAAUUGAUUUUGAAAAAUUAAUCCAAAUGCGAAAAUCAGAUGAAACAAAGCAGAGAAAUAUAAAACGCAUAUUCAUCGAUCAUAAGCCAUUGAUUCUUCGUCAAGAACGGUUUUUCAUUACACAAAAAUUAUCUUCAGAUAAAUCAUCGUUUGGAGAUGCAUGGAGAUUUGAUGAUUCGGAAUUUAUUCAACUUUGGGCUCAACAAUUUACACAUCAACAUUAUUAUAAGACAGGAAAGACACAUAAACAACUUGAUGACGUCUUGACAGUUGAAAUUAUCAUAGAUCUGGCAGCAGAUGGAAUAUUGGCUGAGGGAGAAGAACUGGCCCAAAAAUAUGCAGCUGAAUCACUCGCUCAAGAAUUAAAAAAUGUCAUAGGCCAAGAUCUAAAUGGGAUAUAUGAAUGUUGUCUGAGGUUAUACACGAGAACAGGCUUUCUCUGCCAACUUAUCAAUCGCACACUCAGAGAAGAUGAUUUAUCCAAACUAAACACAUUGGGACCAUAUUGUUAUUUAUUGUACAAGAGCACAGUAGAGAGGCAAUCAAAACAUACUUUACCUGUAUCAAGUAUUUUAUAUCGUGGGGCAUUAUUAGAUUACGAACAGAUCGAAAGUUACCGAUCAUCAGUCGGGCGACUGAGAUCAUGGCUCGGAUUUUCAUCCACAACCAAAAACUGA